GACGCCGGCGCCAGCCGUAUAGAUCCCUGCCCCGCGCCGCCCGGCCCCUUCACUGAGUUCAUCACUCCUAGCGGAAGCGCUGCCAGCAUGUCUGAUAAACUGCCCUACAAAGUCGCGGACAUUGGACUGGCUGCCUGGGGGCGCAAGGCCCUGGACAUAGCUGAGAAUGAGAUGCCAGGAUUGAUGCGCAUGCGGGAGAUGUACUCGGCCUCCAAGCCACUGAAGGGCGCUCGCAUUGCUGGCUGCCUGCACAUGACUGUGGAGACUGCUGUCCUCAUUGAGACUCUCGUGGCCCUGGGUGCUGAGGUGCGGUGGUCCAGCUGCAACAUCUUCUCUACUCAGGACCACGCGGCAGCUGCCAUCGCCAAGGCUGGCAUCCCAGUGUUUGCCUGGAAGGGUGAGACAGAUGAGGAGUACCUGUGGUGCAUUGAGCAGACGCUGCACUUCAAGGAUGGACCCCUCAACAUGAUUCUGGAUGAUGGCGGUGACCUUACAAACCUCAUCCACACCAAAUACCCACAGCUUCUGUCAGGCAUCAGAGGUAUCUCUGAGGAGACCACGACUGGGGUCCACAACCUCUACAAGAUGAAGGCCAAUGGGAUACUGAAGGUGCCUGCCAUCAAUGUCAACGAUUCUGUCACCAAGAGCAAGUUUGACAACCUCUAUGGCUGCCGGGAGUCCCUUAUAGAUGGCAUCAAACGGGCCACGGAUGUGAUGAUUGCGGGCAAGGUGGCGGUGGUAGCAGGCUAUGGUGAUGUGGGCAAGGGCUGUGCCCAGGCCUUGAGGGGCUUCGGGGCCCGAGUCAUCAUCACCGAGAUUGACCCCAUCAAUGCACUGCAAGCCGCUAUGGAGGGCUAUGAGGUAACCACCAUGGACGAGGCCUGUAAGGAGGGCAACAUUUUUGUCACCACCACAGGCUGUGUUGAUAUCAUCCUUGGCCGGCACUUUGAACAGAUGAAGGAUGAUGCCAUUGUCUGUAACAUUGGACACUUUGAUGUGGAGAUUGACGUAAAGUGGCUCAAUGAGAAUGCUGUGGAGAAGGUGAACAUCAAGCCACAGGUGGACCGCUACAGGCUAAAGAAUGGGCGUCGCAUCAUCUUGCUGGCUGAAGGCCGUCUGGUCAAUCUGGGUUGUGCCAUGGGACACCCCAGCUUCGUGAUGAGCAACUCCUUCACGAACCAGGUGAUGGCACAGAUUGAGCUGUGGACCCACCCGGAUAAAUACCCUGUUGGUGUCCACUUCCUGCCUAAGAAGCUGGACGAGGCGGUGGCUGAAGCCCACCUGGGCAAGCUGAACGUGAAGCUGACCAAGCUGACUGAGAAGCAGGCCCAGUACCUGGGCAUGCCCAUUAACGGCCCCUUCAAGCCUGAUCACUACCGCUACUGAGAGCUGGGACUGCCUUCCCCUUCCAGCGGCCAUCCUUGUUCUAGGCCCUGCCUCUCGUUCCCAAAGCAAACGUCACCAACUUUGCAGUAGUUUGGCCGGUGUCUCCCCAACCCCCGCCCUCACCCAUACUGGGGCUGGUCACUCUGUCUUUGACCUCUGCUGUAUCCCUCAUACUGUUUCAGGUGUGGCGGGGAGGAACAGAGAGGUACCUGGGAAGUCCCGAGGGUGGAUACCACAGUGAUGGUCACAAGCCCAUGAACCUUACAUCCAGACCCUCACUCGGUCUUUAGAUCUGUGUGCUCGGUUUACAGAUCCUCUGGUUUCUCAGCCCAGGAUCCAGAAGGAUCUUUGCCAAGGGUAGGAACUCCUACAGUUUGAAGGUUCCUCAGUACUUGGCCUUUUUACUAUUGGGCCAUCCCUGAAACCUCAUGAUACUGAGUUGGUACUUUUUUUGGUCCCUAUUUCACAAGGGUUAGGAUAGAUUAACCAAGAAAGGACAAGUGACAGAGACUGAAAGGGGCUGGAAAAACCAACAGGAAAAGCCCUGUCACUACUGAAUAAUUGGUGGUUCCUAUCACAGGCCUGGGUCACAGAUUAAUUUGUUUUAUAAUGUUUAUAUACUAUUUAGAAUGUUAACAAAAGAAGGUGGAUAAAAUACAGUUUCUAGUGCCUAAAGAAUUUUGGCCCUUUAUUAAAAUUUAAGUAUGUGGCUGGCAUUUGUA